AUGCUCGCCUUUCUACGCCCAGCUGGGCCCCCUCGUACCUUCAGAGCCAACCACAACCCUAUUUUUUACGAAAAUGGGCGCUCGUCCUUGGAGUUCCGAGAGAAAGACGCAGAAUACACGUUGAGAAACGUGCAUCCUCCCAUGGAUAAGGAAGGUUCCAUCAUGAUCCCUCCUCACCACUAUCACAUUAACCAAGCGGAGCACUUUCUCAUCGUUUCUGGCACAAUCAACCUCUUCAAAGGCCUAGACCCCAAGCCAUGGAAGGUUCUCUCGACAACAGAAGGAGCUGAGAAGAAAGCCACGAUACCGCAGAAAGUCUAUCACCGCCUGGAGAACGCAUCGUCGACCGAGCCGCUCACAGUUGAUGUACAUCUAUCCCCCGUUGAGUACGAAAAUGAGCAACGAUUCUUCCGAAACUUCUUUGGCUAUCUCGACGACUGCAAAGCCGCCAAACAAGCCCCGAGCCUUUUCCAGCUGAUGGUCUUCCUGUAUAGUGCCGACACUCCACUUGCUCUCCCAAUCUCAGAUGGAUGGCUCGGUAUCGUUGCAAGCCGCAUCUUCUUGAUUCUCAUGGCGGGAUGGGGCAGGUGGGUUUUGGGCUAUAAGAACACUUAUCCAGAAUACUACGCCAGGAAGAAGCACUCGUAG